AUGUCGCUGUACCCGUCACUGGAAGACAUGAAGGUGGAUCAGUUGAUGAAGGCUCAGAUGAAACUCGAGCCUCAAUUCACUCCGAGUGCUCCCUCGCCGGUCUCAGUGAGCCCGUCAGCACCCGUGCUGACUCCUCCAGGGUGCGAUGAUCUCUCAGGACAACUGUAUCCUGCCCUCGGGGACUACAUGGGACUCGAGCUGAGUCCUGAAGCUAUUGAGAGUAAUAUGCCAGAAUAUACAAUUGCAUUUCGUGAAUCGAUGGAAGUUAUGAAGCCGGAGUCGGGAACCAUGAAUGGCAUGAUUGCACCAUUGUCUAAAGAUUCAUUGGGAUUACAGAGAGCUCAAGUUUCUAAUGGAAUUCGUGAGUUAACUUUAUGCAAAGACAGUGACGGAAAAAUUGGACUCCGUGUUCACGAAGUAAACAACGGAAUAUUUGUAUGUCUCGUGAGUCCUGAUUCUCCUGCAGCAAAAGCUGGUUUACGAUUCGGUGACCAGAUCCUUGACGUCAAUGGAACUUCUGUGGCUGGUUACACCAUGGAUCAAGUUCAUAAGAUAUUCCGUAAUGCUCCGGUCAAUAAUAUUAAAGUUGUUGUCCGUGACAGACCAUUGGAAAGAACAAUUACAAUGCAUAAAGACAGCUCAGGGCAAAUUGGUUUCCAAUUUAAAGAUGGUAAAAUAAUAGCACUUGUUAAAGACUCGUCUGCUGCCCGCAAUGGUGUUCUUACUGAUCAUCAACUCCUGGAAGUUAACGGCAAGAACGUCAUUGGAUUAAAAGACAAAGAAAUAGUCGCCGAGAUAGCCAACAGCCCCAAUGUUGUUACAAUUACCGUAAUUCCUUCUUACAUUUACAGCCAUAUGAUCAAAAAAAUGUCCGGCAGUCUUUUGAAGGCCAUGGACCACUCAGUGCCAAAUUUCUAG